AUGGCUGUGGCAUGCUUGGCAAUGGUGCUGGUGAUCACCGCGCUGGUGGCCUACAUUCGAUCGACGCUUCAUCCGUGGCACCAGGAGAGGGACGACGGCAUGUGUCGAAACCCCCAGUGCCGUGGCUAUGCGCAACUCUUUUUGGUGAACGUCAAUUGGACGGUGAAUCCGUGCAGCGACUUCGAGGCGUACGUCUGCUCCAAGUGGAAGCCAUCGAGUGACCCUUAUGCAUACGGCUCGGCCCUGGCCACGUACGCUAUCCAGGAGUGGUUUAACGUCUUCCACACAAUGAUCGUCGAAGGCCCCAAACAUUUUGCUGCCGCAAGGAAGGCGCAGGCAAUGUUCGAGGCUUGUCUUACCAACAGCAGCGCUAACGGGUCUUCGGCGGCGUUGUUGAGGCAGUUCAUGCUCGACAGAAAGAUACCGUGGCCGGACGAGCCACUCCCUAACGCCAGUCCACUGGGGGUCCUUGUGGACCUUGCGUACAACUGGCGACUCGAUCUCUGGUUUCAGCUGAAAGCGCGGAGGACGCCUCAAAAAGCGCCGCAUAUUUUGAUAAUCGCAUUGGGUAACUUUGCUCCGCUGUGGGGCGCCUAUAAAGAAACGGCAAUCAGAGCGGAGGGCAUCGUCUCCUACUGGAAUCGGUUCCACGACGCUUUCGCGGUGCACCAGCCCCGACGCAGUGAGGAAGAAAUUGGGAGAAUCGAGAAUGUCGAGCAGAACGUGCUUGCCGAGCUUCUGCAAGUUUUUGAUAGAGAUGUAGCCGCACCUUGUGAGUUCUUGCUAAAAGACAUAGCCAAUAUUACGACUAAUCUGUCGUCACAGCAAUGGAUAGAAGAGCUAAACACGAACGCACGGGUGCAAGGUGGCUACGGUCUGUCAGAUCGCAUCGUUGCAAGCGACGUGGCCCUCCUAGAGGCUGUGGGCAGGCUAUUUUCCAAGUUCGACAGGCGUUCUCUGUUACUGCACAUUUCCUGGUUUUUCAUUCAAGCCUUUGCUCCGCUUGAAGACCGCAGCCUUCUGCCCAUAAGCACGGACGGUACUUGGUAUUCCUUGGUGAGGCGCCGCAGGCUGUGCUCCACACGAGUUGAAAUGUCGUACAAGCUGCUCAUCAGAUCACUCGUGGCUCUUACAAUUUUUACGGCGCAGUCUAGAAAGGCAAUCAGUGGCUAUCUUGGCCUCGUGACGCAGCUGGCGCGGAACAAAAUGUCCGUCCUUCCGUGGUUCGCUGAUGAAUCGUUCACGCGCGCCGCAUCGUCAAAGCUUCAGAGCAGCACAGUCGCCCUCUGGCCACCCAAAGACUUAUUAACCGACGAAGGCCUGACCGCCAUGUACGCCAAUUUCUCGUCCAACGAGGUCUCCGUGGUCGAGCACUGGGUGAAUGGCAUGAAAGCCAAACGUGCCCUGCGAGAGCAACCAAGAUACGAAGAGGUCCAGGAUUACCCGCUAAGCUUUAUGCAGCCGCUGUUUCGGUAUGACUAUAUCAUGAACAGAGUGCUCAUAUCGGCGGCAGCUCUGCGCAUGCCUGCGUACUCGGGGCAAGGCACAAAAGCAAUGCUUUAUGGCGGGCUGGGUUUCUCGUACGCUUUACAGCUGGUGAAAGCUUUAGACCCAGGAGGUCUCAGAGUGGACGCUGACGGAAAUGUGCACUCGUGGGCUCCGAAGGAGUGGAGUGAAGCGAUCGCCAACAGGUCGACCUUGUGCCACGGGUCGUCUUCAGGCAAGAGUCUCUUUCCGGAAGUUCCGGCGCUAGAAGUGGCACACGCCGCUUACGAGAUGGCGCCUGGUGAUACGCCGCAUCCCGGCCGCGUAACGAUGGCGUUUAACGAGGACCAAGUUUUCUUCAUCACUGUCUGCCUCAGUCUCUGCAACCUGUCGCCAACCUUCGGCUCGAUAAGGGGUGACUGCAACAAGGCCGUCGCGAACUUCGCGAACUUCGCCCGGGCCUUCAAAUGUGCUCCCCGGGAUCCAAUGAACCCGGAGACAAGAUGCUCUUUUUUCAACUAG